AGAGGAGAGGAGAGAGCGUGUAGAGGCGCACACUGCUGCUGGACUUUCACUCUUCUCUCGCCUGCUGACCCUUGAACACCUCGCAGCUUCGACCUCGGCUUCCCAACCUAGGAUCAUGGACGUGAAAGUGGUCGCCCUGGUGACCUUGCUGGUGGCAACACUUGCGCUCUCCGAGGGAAAACCAGUCAGUCUGAGCUACAGAUGUCCCUGCAGAUUCACCGAGAGCAACGUAGCCAAAGCCAACAUCAAGCAUCUCAAAAUCCUCAACACACCCAAUUGUGCUCUCCAGAUCGUGGCAAAGCUGAAGAGCAGCAGCAGACAAGUAUGCAUUGAUCCUAAAUUAAAAUGGAUUCAAGAAUACCUGGAAAAAGCUUUAAACAAGAGGUUCAAGAUGUAAAAGGCACGCAUUGUUAAGACUGAAGCCUGAAGGAUUUCUUACUGUAGGACCAGAAAGCAGAUAACAAGUAUUAGGGAAGGAGUGCUCAUGGCUGUCACCAGGCAGCUCUAGGGAUGGCUAAUGCAUUUCAAAGGCUCUGUUUUGCACAAAUCCUGGCUUGCUUUCACUGUAUUAUUAUGUAGCAAGAUAUAUGGUGUUUAUUUUUUAUUAAGUUUCUUCUAUUGAAUGUCACUGGUGACAGAUAUGAACUCGUUAGACUAAGUUCUUUAUUUUUACUUAUGUUAUCAUUUUUCCUGUGUGAGCCCUAGUUUAUCUUGCACUCAGCAUUUGGGGCACACCAAGAGUUACUGGGUUUUAUAUAUAAAUAUAUGGCAGGACAUGAGCUACAGUAUGUGCCAAGAUCUUUAGCUGAAGAGUAUGACUUAUUGACAUGAAGGAUACGGCCAUUUUAGGAAUAUGGGCCCAGAAUAACAGACACCAAUGUUGGCCCAGUAUUAGGUGGGUGGCCUGAUUUUUUUUUUAAUUAGUAUGUUGCUCUUGAGUUAAUUCCCUCUCUUCAUGUGAGAACAGAGAGCAUCUUUUCAGGUCACGAGGAAGUCAUCUAGGAAGAUGAUAGAUGCUCACAAGGUUGGCCCAUUACUGGCCAUUGUCAAAAAUGUGAGGGCAGAGCAGGGCUACACCAUCCAUGUUGUCACCUGCAUCCCAUCAUUUUCUCCUCAUUUUCAUUUUUUUUCUCCAUCCAUCACCACAUGUAUCUGAGACUGUCUUUGUCCAUGGCACAGGAAAAAAAAACCUCUGAAGACUAAACUUUUGAUUUAAACCAAGCAUUGAAAAAUAAGUGGAAAUCUGUCAUGUCCCAAAGGUAUACUGCCAAUGCUGUGUGUUUCAUAUGUGUCUUGUAUGGAAUAUUGUCAAAAUGUCAAAUGCUGUGUUUUUGUGUAGAAUUGAUGUCAAACAGUAUGCCCAAUGUGAAAUGCUGUAUGUUCUGUUGGAAUGCAAAAGCUGGGAUUGAGCAUGUAUACCCUGAUGUCUCUUGACCCUGCUGCCAAUUUGUCAAUGUGUGUGUACGUAUAUCCCUUUGUUUUGGGGUUGUUUUAAUUGCCUCGCUGAUCAGAGGAUAAACAAUGUUCCCUUCCCUCAGUAGAACACAGGGUGAUCAGGGUGGUCACUGAGUUAGCCUUCCAGGGCUGCAGGCUAAGCACCUUGUCAUGGGGACCAAAGCUUUUGGAAAUUAUUGGGGAAGCUUUACUCUGCUGCAGUGAGGACUAGGAAACUUAGAAAUCAGAAUGUCCUGAAAAGACUCCUCCUCCUGUACUGUCAAUAGCAGACAUUUUUUUAAAAAAGUGAGGCACUACAACAUGAAAACAUCUCCUAAAUAACAAUUUGACUUGGUUCUACACCUGUACUAAUCUGGAAACCAUACCCCUUCUCUGUGCUUACAAAGGGGACCUGACCCACUCAUUUUUCAGCAUCAACCCUCUCUAAUUCUUUUUGGAAAGGAGUUAUUUGGCAUUGUCUUAAAAUAGAUCAGGCAGGAGGCAUCCACCAUCUCUACUUUCAGUUUGAUCCCAUGUGACCUCAGCCUGUUCCUACCCUGUCUUUUAGUUCCUGAGAAUUAUGGGCCUUUUUUUUUUCCCUUUGAGAUGAGUGACCAAAAUGUCACACUUAUUAAUUCAACAAAGUGCCUACUAUAUGCUAGGUCCACUGCUAUUUCCCUUGCCUCAGUUUAAAUCCUUUCUCAAUCUAUGAAAUCAGUGAUAAAAUAUGAAGACCAGUUGACAGGCCAAGACAAGAAAUAAGCAGCACAUAAAUUAUGUGUACACACAGUAAGAGGAAAAUUGGAUUUAAAAUUUUUUUGGAUUUAGUAAUCUAAGGGAUUAUCAAUAGCAUCUGUUAAAAAUUUUAACAUUUCUAUGUUGAACCAGGACAUGAUUCCUUUAAAUUGGAUCUGAUUAAGGGAAGAAGUUGAAUUUGUCAGCUGAAGUCAUUUCUUUAUUCUAAUUUACUAGAAUCACUUCCCAAUAUCCUUUGUUGUUUUAAAAAAGCUGAAGACCACAAUGAAUUUCAAGACUUGUCUAACUGGGUCCUUGACUUGAGAUUAACUUGUCUUAUCCCUAAUUUAGUUUCUGAAUCACUUAUAAAGCAAAAUUUUGGUGGAAACAUGUUAGGUUUUUUGUUUUUACAAAGGUUCAGAGGUUCUAAAGGAUUUAGGUCUUCCAUCUAGGCUUCUUAGAUAUUUGGAAUCCUGACUCAAUACUCUUGGUAGAUUCCAAAAUCUGUAGGUCUUAUAAAUGAGAAGAAAGUUACAUUUCUGUUUUUUUAAAUUUUUUUUUUAAUUUCAGUUAACUACAGUUUUUUAGGAAAUUUUUCAUGGCUUUGUCACCUAGAGGAUAGUAGAGACGGGAAGAAAAAUGCUAUUGUGUAAGAAACAAAUCUCCCCACCCCCAAGUUGACCAAGAUAGGCAUUCAUUGAAACAGCCCAUUUGCAAAUGAAUAUUCACUAAGUGCUCCUUGAUUUUAGAGAUUUGUGUUUUGUAGACCAUGAGGCCACUCAACCCCAUGGAAUAAUAAAAGGGCAUUUGUCUUGAUACUGAAUCUUUCCUAUUGAAGUCCCAGCUCCCCAUUCACAUCCAUUGCAUCAGAAAUGUUGAAUGAGGAAAGUAAAGCUGCAACCCAAGUUUGUUUGUGUUAAAAAAAAAAAGAUGACUGGGUUUCAGUAUUUUGUACUGUUGUCUGUGUUACAUGCCAUUGUUGUUUAAGUAUCCCAACUUCAAGUGGACCAGUUGAGUCCUGGAUGCUGAGUCUGAGUAGAAGAGAGUUCAGCUAUGAAACUUCACCAAAGAUGAAGUUAGAGAAAAGAAUCAUUUUGGGGUAGGGGCCUGCAUAGCUACUAACAGCAUCUGUAAGCAGGAGAGGAUUAAAAGCAUGUAGACAGAAUAAGAAGCAUAUUUUCAGUAAAUGUCACCCUAUCUAUUGUGGAAAACCACACACGCUCUCCAGCAGGGAGGAAAUGUGAGCCAGGAGACUGAAUCAUAUCUGGAGUGGUGACCUUGGACAACAGUAUGUUUUCACAGCUUUAAUUUCAAUUUUAGGACAGUGAAUUCAUUUUUUAUUUUACAUUGUGAUGACCUUGUAGUACAAGAUGGUGCCAUUUGAAUCUGAGGGUAUACCUGGGGGUGGAAUUAAAUGAUUUCUUGGGUGUUUUGUGUACAUCUACACCCCUCCAUUGCCACUACUCAAGUCUUCUUGGUAUAAUUUGAUUUCUCUAAUCAACAAAAAGUCAGUAUCAUCACUUCUUUGGGAGCUUUGGACCUUCCUCCCUUUGAAAUCCUUCACUGACACACAUUGGACAGGGAAAACACACCUGAGAAAUGCCUGUUACCAAAAUGAUAGCUUUAUUUAUUUUUCUGGUUAGAAAUUUCUAGGUUCGAGACAUGACCAACCCACAGGCACUAUCAAGGGCCCAGAAGGAACCAUUUGCCCUAGAAAAAAUGUUCAUAAAAGCUCAAUCCCCGAUCAAUUAUAACAAUAUUGUUGUGUUGUUGCUGUAGUUGUUGUAAAAAUGUGAUAAAUACUGUAUUUUGUAUUUUUUAAAAAAGCAAAUCUCCCAUAUAAUGUGAAAAAGAAAGUUCCUCCAGAAGGCAGCUGUAGUGUAUACAUCAUGCUUCUUUUUUAAAAAAAGAGUAACUCCUUUUGAGAAAGAAAAACAUGUUUUUCAUCACAUUCAUGUCUUUGAUGGAUGUAUAUGCACUUAUCAUUUUCCUAAUAAAGAUCUGUAUUCAAACAUAA